CACACCGGUACACACCUGUAUGAGCAGAGCUAAUAUGGAAGUUGACCAGGUCACAACCAUAUCGAGGCUGGUUCUCUUCAAAACUACUCUAUAUAAACAAAAAUUUAUCUAGAGAAUGAACGAACAUCAAUAACAUUCCGAGAAUGUAAACAGCAGAUUUAUUCACUAACGAAUAGUUUAUAGUCACUGGAAAACUAAGUUUUUAGUUCACAGGUUGAUAAAUUUCUGCUUUUUAUAACACGUUUGCGUUGAUUAUUAUUCAUAUUUAUAAACUAUUCUGAACAUAAAAACAUUUUAAAUCAUUUUUUUUAAUUUCAAAAACUAAAAACACUAUCUCACCCGUUUAUUAUCAAUAUUUAUUAUGUAAAAUAGUUUGAAUCAGAGACCAUCAGCCUGUUUGGUUUGAUUUUACAAAAUAAGCAAGUAAUUUUAAAACUUUUCAACAUUUGGCAUGAAAUGCUAAAUUUCUGUGAUAAAACCACACACCACCACAAGCAAACAGAAACAUCUACUUGAUACAUAUGUAUAUAUACAUAUAAAAACAUAACGGAAAGUUACGAAGUAGACUCAUGGACAACGAGACGAAGACAAAUGAACCGGUUAAACAAAGCAUUCAAGAAAAUGGAACCCAAGUUACUCAAGAUGAAGAAACAGAAGAUCUUCGUUACGGUUUCGGUCCCUUUCGACCGCCUUGGUUGCAAAUAUUCAAUCAACCUCGGGUUCUUCUUGUUAUUCUAUCUUAUACUGCUUUCGUUCAAGGGUUUAUUGUAAACGGUGUGAUCAAUGCAAACAUGAGUACAGUAGAAAAACGGUUUGAAUUGCCCAGCAGUAUGUCUGGAUGGAUCGCCAGCGUUUACGAUAUAACGGCAGCGCCUAUUGCUUUGUUCGUCUGCUUCAAAGGCGCCGUAAACUACAAACUACGCUGGCUUGGUUAUGGCUUCAUCACCUUCAGUCUGGGCUCUUUUGUUAUGGCAUUGCCACAUAUUUUUGCGGACACUUAUACAUGGGACGAAAGAACUGCUGUUAAUUGCUUAAAAACCUCAAAUGGAGCCGCUUCUUGCAGGGACGAACACAACAAGAGUUUACAGGAAUAUCUUGGAGUGUUUCUCUUAGGGCAAAUAUUUCACAGUGUAGGUGGGAGUAUUCUUUAUUCACUUGGAAUUACUGUGGUGGAUGACAUUGUAAAACCUAUUAAAACACCAUUUUAUAUAGGUAUAAUGAUGUUCUUUUCAACCUUGGGUCCUGCAAUAGGAUACAUAGUCGGUGGUCAGUUUCUUAAUGUUUUUGUUGACCCAUCAAAAAGUGACGAGAUUAAUUUUGAUUCUAGAGAUCCUCGCUGGAUUGGAGCUUGGUGGGUCUGUUUCUUCAUAUCAGGAUCUCUGUCAGCAUUUAUAGGACCAGUUCUACUUGGUUAUGCACGGGAACUACCAGUGACUAAGAAUAUUCGAAUGAAUCGAGAAUCUCAAGUUCACCAAACAACAAAGAAAGGUACUCCAGACCCUGCAGCAUCAGAAAAUAUUCUUCAGAUUGUGUGGAGUCUCUUCAAGAACCCUGUAUUUAUGUUUGUCUCUCUGGCAUCAGCAACUGAAGGAAUCAUAGUUUCUGGACUAUCAACAUUUUUGCCAAAAUUUUUCGAAAAUCAGUUUGGUUCAACACCUACAUGGGCAGCACUUAUUUCAGGUUUACUUGCUGUGCCUUCUGCUGCCGGUGGACAGAUUCUUGGUGGUUAUCUCUGUAAGAGAUUUCGUCUUAAAGUACGUGAGCAGGGAAACCUUUGUGUUCUUACACUAACACUUGGACUUCUAGGUAUGGGAAUAUUCUGGGUUAAUUGUGAAGACAUGCCCUUUGCCGGAAUUACACAUAACUACAAUCAAACAAAUACAAAGCCAUUUUCAAGCAAUGCGAACUUUGAUUUAAAGUCAAGUCUUAAGAUGAAAUGUAAUUCGGAAUGUUCCUGUACUACUACUCGGUACCAACCAGUAUGUGGGGCAGAUGACAUUCAGUAUUUCUCACCUUGCUUUGCUGGGUGUGCUUCUUUUAACAACAAAAGUCAAACAUAUCUCAAUUGCUCCUGUGUUACUAACUUAGAAACGGAUACAGCAUCAGAAGGAAAGUGUCCUGCAAAACGUUGCACUAAUUAUUAUUUGUCUAUUGUUUUUAUCUUCUUGUUGAUACUGUUUGCCUUUAUAGCACAGACGCCAAUGGUUUCUAUCAUUCUCAGAUGUAUUCCGGAUGAUCAUCGGUCGUAUGGAUUAGGAAUAACCAGUGCAAUUGGACGCAUAACAGGUACAUUCCCAGGUCCGAUAUUGUUUGGAGUCGCCAUUGACCAAGCUUGUAAAGUGUGGAAAGAUUCUUGUUCUGAGGGUGACACAUCUUGUUGGAUUUACCAAAAGGAAACAUUAUCUCGUAAUUUCUUCUUGCUAACUGUCAUUGUACGUUUAUUUACCGUUCUGUUUCUUGUCAUUGCGAAAUGCCUUUAUAAGCCACCUACUUCAGCAACUAAAACAAACAUUCAACACGAAAUUACGGUUAAUGUAAUCCCCGUCGACAAAAGCCACGAUAAUGAAGCCUUCUCUUCACAUCUUUGAGAUAAUUUCUUCGAUUCGCCUUCCAUUCCAACAACAUUAAAUAUAAAUGCAAUUUUGUACAUAAGCGUGCUGUAAUAAUUUGACUCGUAAUAUAUUCAUAUUUUAUUUUUGUUAUUCUCUGUUAUAAAAAAAUAUUUUUUAUUAAA